GCGUAUCAAAUCAGACUAUCUUCGGUCGCUCAGACAACAGGAACGAUUUGACAGUGAGCGGACAGUUCAGAGACGAAGAAGCAACCUUUAGAGAUAAUCGAAGAUGUCUUUUGAUCUGUUUUCGCAUCCGCCCGGACCAGAAGCCAAAGCUGUAGCCGAAAAGGAGCUCAGAGAAACGGAAGAAAAUGUGAAGAAGGGCCUCGAGACCCUUAAACAAUUAUUGGCAGAGGAUAACACGCUGUACUUCUCCACCGAUGACGAGUAUCUCUUGCACCUUUUGCGGCCUUGCAAAUUUUAUCCGCAAUCCGCGUUGGAGCUGAUGAGGCGCAUCGCGGACUUUAGGGAGAAGCACGCGGUGCUGCUGCACGAUUUGAAGCCGAGCGACGAGAGGGAGGCAAUCGUCGACAAUAACAUCGUGAACCUGCUCAAGAAUCGGGAUCACAAAAAUCGUAGAAUCUUGCUAGUGAAUUGCGGAAAAUUGUGGGAUCCGUCCAAGGUCACAUGCGAUCAGUUGUUUCGCGUGUUUUAUCUGAUCCAUCUGAUGGCCUUAGACGAGCCGGAAGCGCAGAUAUUUGGAGCCGCGGUGAUAAUGGACUUCGACGGGCUUUCGAUGAAGCAAGUUAUGGGACUCACGCCAGCCUUUAGCAUGCGUCUGCUUUCGUUUAUUCAAGACGCGAUGCCUCUUCGGUUAAAAGAGGUACAUAUAGUCAAACAGCCGUUCCUGUUCAAUAUGGUUUGGCAAAUGUUUAAGCCGUUUGUCAAGGAAAAAUUGAAGAAGCGCAUGUUCUUCCACGGCACCAAGAUGUCUAGUCUUCACAAUUUUAUUCCCCCGAGUCAUCUGCCGAAAAAUUACGGCGGUGAGCUGCCAGAAAUAGACUACACUAGCGCAAACUGGUAUCCGACAAUGCUCGCUAUGGAGGAAAAGAUUAAAGAAAGGAACGCAUACGGACGCCGUAAGGAAUAAUAUAGUAAACUAAGUGUUUAGCAGAUAGUUUUUUUUUUUGUAAAAGUAAUAUUGAAUGUUUAUAAUUUUUAUACAUUUAUUAAACUUUGAAAAUUGUAACAUUUUAUAUGUACAUGUAUAAUGUAUUUAUAGCGCACUUUGCAUUUUUAUACGUAAUGACUCAAACUGUUUCCUAAGCGCAAAGCAACAAGUAUUAGCGAACACAAUUGUGCGUUAACGGAAUAUGUAAACUGUGUUAUUACAUUUGUAAAAAGUUUUAAAACGCAAUUGUAAAAAGAAAUGAGCAGAACAUGUAAAAUAUUACAUUUAUAUUUAAUUCUUUGUAUGUUAUAAUAUAUUUAAACAGUUUGUGUAAAUCGAGAAACAUGAAAACAUACAUAUAAGAGAUACAUAUAAAUUCGCACGCUGUGGUCAUAUUUUUGUAAACAUUAAAA